AUGGAUACAAAUGAUUAUGAGAAGACGUUAAUUGCGCUUGAAGAAGCGCUAGCAGCAAUAACAACGACAACAAAAUUAUUACCAACCGGAUGUCCUAAUGUAAUUUGCACUGCAUUACCUAAUCAUUGGCGUAGUAAUAAAUCAUUACCAUUACCGUUUACCGUAUUUGCAUUAGGACCGGUUCCGGAUGGAACACUUGUUACGGUUGCAGCCGGAAAUGAAGAAAAUUGCUGCGCUGAUUUGAGAAAUAAUCGUACUCAUAUGAAUGGACAGAUUGCUCGUUUCAAUGAUUUACGAUUUGUUGGUAAAAGUGGGCGAGGAAAAAAUUUUCAUUUAACGAUAACAAUCGAUACAAAACCGGCACAGAUAGCAAUCAUUGGUAAAGCAAUCAAGGUGACAGUUGAUGGUCCCCGUGAUUCUCGAACAAAUAAGCGUACGGCAUUAACUCGUCGUACCAGUGCAUCAAUUUCAUCGGAUGAUUGUCCGGUUACCAGUAAAAUUCGUCGCCGGAUUUCCACCGGAGCUAUUCCAAGACCAAUUCCAACACUAAUGCCAUCCGUUCCUGUUUUUCCCUCUCUCUUCAAUCCAUUUCCAUUUAUUCCAAAUCCUCCGUUACCGGCACCGGUAGCAUUGAAUUUCCCUCAUUCUCCACUGCUAAAUCCUAAUACUACUGGAAUUAUUCGACAACCUAUUCCAUCUUUUGUUACACCUUUACCGGCUGUUUUAACUCAACGAAUUCGACAAUUACCUCAAUCUCAGGAACAACAAUCGAUUGCAACCAGAACCAGACGAAAAGUAACAAAAAUUUGGAAACCUUAUGAUAUUAAAUCAUAA